CGCUUGGAUUAACUUGUUCGAAACGACCAUUGCGCAACAAAUAGUAAUAAACAAUAUUUUAUUCAAACGUAAGAACGCCAAUUUUUUGGGUAUGGAACAAUUGCGUGCGAUCUCUCCCACGAACAAUACACCCAUUGUAUGACGAAUGGCCACUCGUCUCACAAAUUAAAAUCAAUAGAACGUCAUUUCAGUUUCAUCUAGUCAACGACUCAGAAGACACGCUCCAUCGAGCAAUCGGUCACUGAAUAGUCUAUUGCAUUCGCAUUUAUUUGCGUGAUCAGUUAAUACUGAAGAUUUUUGAGUUUUAAGAUUAAAAAAGCGAAGAAAUUUUUUCCAAAUAAAUAAAAAAUACUGUCGCAAAAUGAUUUUUCCGACGAUUUUGGUAUUUUGUAUUGUUUUGGCUGUGGGAUAUGGACAAGUACUUGGUUCGCCUGAGUAUUGUACCGAUUUGAUUCCACAAUCGAACGUAACCGUUCAUAAGUUAUUUGGAACUUGGUUCGGUGUCGAGGUGAUUACACACAAGGAUCGUGUUACUGGAGAAAGACCAAGCAGCGACUGUAUCUAUGUUGUGAUUUCUGGAAUUACUUAUGAAAUGGCUACUGCACGACCACCAGAAAAUUCAAGAGAAAUCGUUACUCAAUUCGGUAAAGCCCCCAUAUCGAAUCCGAUGAAAGACUAUCGCUACUUAAGGUUGGAAUGGACUGAAUUAGAUGAAAAAGUCGAGUAUAUAUUGCGAUACAACAUAAGUCGAAGUGGAUUUUGGCUAUCGUCCGCACCACAUGAACGUGAUCAUUUUGGUGAUAAACCGAGUUAUAGUGAUUUCUCCGGCAUCAUUCAAGUGAUCGUAGAAACUGACAAUCAUUUGGUGUUAACAUUCUGUGAAACUAUACCGAAAAGGCAACUCUUUUCCAUCAUAUUGACACGUCAUUCGAAUUCGAUACCAAUGGAUCUCAUAAAAUCUAUUCACGAUAAAUUGAGGAAUCGGAACCUGCAAAAUAUCGCUUAUCGGCCUGUUUGUGCUGGCGUUGAUCUGAUUCACGGAUCAUACUUUCUGGCAAUUACGAUUGCGCUUGUGUUUGCCAUACAGUAAAAAUGGAUUUAGGUUUAUUACUACGAAGGAGUGUAGAAAGUAGCGCGUACUUCAGAAUCAAUUGAGUGUCUGUUUUGCAAAUUAUGUCAAUCACUUGCCCAUUUUGUGUCACUUGCCCACUUUUGACGUUAACUGAAGACCACCCAUUGAAGAAUUGAGAAUAUUUAAAUUUCAAUUAACUGGACGUUUAUUCUGAAUGAGUCGCAUUAGUAUAGUUUUCAGUGUUCAAGCCUUCAUUCCAAAA